GGUCAUUUUGCUAUGGAACGGAAAGCGAGGGUAACGUCUGGGACUUAAAGCUCGCUGUUACGUGGCGGGGUUUGGAUGGGACUGGUCCAAGGUCAUGGUCAAAGACUGCCAACGCAAAGGUCGUUUUACUGUUGAGGUUGACAGAAUUGUACCUACAAUUGGUGUCGUAAUCACUCAUGUAUUCAUGUUAUAGGUCGCCUGUAGCCUAUGUUAUGCUAGCAGCACCACUGGUGAGAAACUGACCAGACCUUAUAGAGAGCUUUUGUGCCCCCAGUCCCCUAGUCCAUGUGUGGCUGUGUACAUAUGGGACUGACUGCCGUCUGAGGGGGUGGGGCAGAAGCUAUAUAAGGGGGAGACUGCCCUCAGAGCACUCAGUACUUAAAGACAGCGGUUGAAGGGAGAAAGAUCAAGAGAAAGAGAGAGAGAGAGUGAGUGAGAGCACGAGAAAGGCGAACAAUACACAAAUCCCACCGGGGAGUUUUGGAAACCAUUGAAGGAUUUUGGGAAGACAGAUCUCACAAGAAGCAACGUCAAUUGAAAGGACUUGGACUUGCUGAACAGAGAGAGUGACAGGAGAACUACAGCACGCGAAAAAUGAAGGAUUCCCAGAGCAUGCUGGAAGAGGGACGCGCAGGGGAACAAAAGGGAAGCAGAAGAGAGGCCCCCAUGGCCUGGUUCAGGAAUGAGGUUGUCCGGGUGGGGCUGGCCGAGACACUCGGCACAUUCGUUAUGAUGGUUUUCGGGCUCGGUUCAGUGGCUCAGGUGGUCACAGGGAAGGGAGCGUUUGGGGAGUACCUGAGCAUCAACCUGGGUUUCGGGAUAGGUGUGGCGAUGGGGGUACACGUAGCUGGCAGCGUUUCUGGUGCCCAUAUGAAUGCAGCGGUCUCCUUUACGAUGUGUGUCUUUGGCCGUCUGAAGUGGGCGAUGCUUCCUUUGUACAUCACAGCACAGUUUCUGGGAUCUUUUCUAGCAGCUGGAACAGUCUUUGUCCUCUACUAUGAUGCCAUUCAUCAUUACAGUGAGGGAAACUUCACAGUAUCUGGCCCAAAAGCAACAGCUGGGAUUUUUGCCACCUAUCCAGCCCCAUACCUCUCUCUCCAUGCUGGCUUCCUAGACCAGGUGCUGGGCACUGCCAUGUUGCUUCUCUGCCUGAUGGCCCUGUCAGAUCAGCGAAACCAGCCUGCACCCAAGGGCACCGAACCUCUGGCUUCCGGCCUCCUGGUACUGCUGAUUGGCAUCUCUCUGGGUAGCAACAGUGGCUACGCCAUCAAUCCCACUCGAGACUUGGCACCCCGAGUCUUCAGUGCCCUCGCUGGAUGGGGACCUGAGGUGUUCAAGGCAGGCUCUGGAUGGUGGUGGGUUCCUGUGGUGGCCCCUUUGGUUGGGGGGGUCUUGGGUGCCCUGAUCUACAGGGUGUUUGUGGAGAUGCAUCACCCCCGCAUACGGGCCCAGGGGCCGGAAAACGAGCCAGAACGCGAACCGCUGUACCAGCUGAAAAAAGCCGCUCCCGCUGAAAUGUGUGUGUAGACAGCUGUCGGACCCACACACUCGUGCAGUAAGGCUCGGACCAAACAGGUUCUGAGGACCAUGGAGAGGCUGGACUUAGACGGGCCAUGCUGAGGAAGAGUUGCCCUUGUAUGGACACUCAUCUCCUUCAGCUCCUUCUCUUCCAAUCUAAUGUGAUUGUUGUCAAGAGAUGGGAAGGCCAAACUGUCUGAGUACAAAACCACUCCAGCUAAUCGACAGCAUACAGCAAUGAGGAAAGGCCGGAAGGACAUUCGGUUUCUUCGAAAAAGACUGUACGCAUCGCUUCACACAAAGGCUGAUGGAGGAACAAAGCAGAGGAAAAGUGGCAAAACGGGUGAAGUGCUGGACUGGUCAUUAAGAAAUUGAGAAGGAGCCACCGUUCCGGAAAACACUGUGCACCACCCUCUCUUCACCUAUAUUGCCUCAGUUUAGAGCAGGCCACCAUUUGAGCAAGAUUUACCACCAAUAAAAGGAAGAGAAUCA